AUGCAGGUUCUUAUUCGCGCGAAGCAGAAGGCCAAGUGUUUCCGAGAUGAUACAGACGAUCAUAAACGUGUCUCAUCAGCAUCAUUGCUCAAGAUUUCCUUCUCCUUCAUGUCCUUCAUGAGGACACUCUUCGCGACUGUCGUAUCCCUCCGAUCCUUGAUCGGUGCUCCCGAGACCCACGACAUCGUAGCCGUGCUGGAUAGCGAAGCCACAGGAAUUUCUUUCAGCGCGUUCAAAACGCCAGUUGCUCCGUAUGCUGGAGGUCACUACUACCACCUUCUAACCCUCUCAAUGGCAUCGCACACACUCUUCGCUGAACUCCAAUAUUGGUUUAACGGCCUCAAUUGGUCAGCCAUACCCCAUAAUCAACGAACAGGUUGGCUCUACGGGAUGUCACGAUAA